AUGGCCGCGCGCCGCAGCAGCCUCGCGCGCGCCGCGGACAAGACGGAGGACGUCAUCUCCCGGGCCUGCGCCGUCGUGGCGACCUUCGCGUCGCGCAAGCCCUGGCGCACCGUGGGCCUCUGCCUCUUCCUGAGCGCGGUGCUCGCGAGCGGCUUCUCCCAGAUCAAGAACGAGGCGCGGCCCGACAAAUUGUACGUGCCCGCGUACAUGAAAUCCCAGGAGGACCGGGCGUGGAUCGACGACCGCUUCGGCUCCGCCGACGUCGUUUCCUCCGUGCUCCUGGACCACCGCGGCGACGCGAAUCUCCUCACGAAAGCCGCGCUCCGCGACGCCUUCGACGUCUACGAGGACGUGCUGGCCAUCUCGGCCGAGGACGGCGCGACGGGCUACGACGCCCGUAGCUGCGCGGUCGGCGGUUGGAACGGCCUCUGCCAGAAGUCGUCGAUCCUCGCGUUCUGGAACUACAGCCGGGCCGCGCUCGAGGACGAUCCGGACGUGCUGGCCACGGUGAACCGCCCCGCGCCGGACUGCUGCUCGCCCGUGGGCCGGGACGCGUCGCUCUUUAGAGUGGCGGCGAAGUUGCGCUACGACGACGCCGGCGCGGUGACCUACGCGGGGUCGCUCAAGUUCGACUUCUACCUGGACAACGACGCCCACGAGAAGACGAACGUCGACCCCCACGCCCAGCGCCUCGAGCGCAAGUUCAACGAGAAGCUGCGGAGGGCGUCCUACGAGUCCUUCGACCGGCCCAUGCCUUUGAACGCCGCGGGCGCGGCGGAGAACGUCGACGGCGCCUUCGAUUAUGAUCGCACCUUCGUGAACCUGGCGUCCAUCGUCAUCUUCUGCUACGCCUACUGGGCCCUCUACGAUCGGAGGGACCCCUUCAAGAGCCGGGGCUGGCUGGGGGUGGCCGCGGCCGUCGUCGUGCUCGUCGCGGUGCUCGCGGCCUUCGGGCUGGCGCUCUACUGCGGCGCCAUCUUCUCGGCGACGGCGUCCAUCGCCGUGUUCCUCGUGCUGGGCAUCGGCCUCGACGACGCGUUCGUCAUCUGCGGCGCGGAGUUGGUGCAUUUCGGGGACUUCCACGACGACGUCGACAGAAUCGCGGAGGGUUCGGCGACGGUCGACGACGUCGCGGCGCGGCGCGUCGAGCGGGCCAUGGCCGCGGCGGGGCCGUCGAUCACGGUGACGUCCGUGACGGACUUCUGCGCUUUUGUGGCCGGGUCGUUCACGGCGAUCCCGGCGAUCUCGUCGUUCUGCGCGUUCUGCGCCGCGGCCGUGGCCGUCGACUUUCUCCUUCAGGUGAGCCUGUUCGUCGCCAUCUUCUCCCUGGACCUGCGCCGCAAGCUGCGCCGCGCCGUCGCGGAGCGCGCGAGCGGCGACCGCGCGCGGUGCUGCGAGAGAUGCUGCGUGAAGGAGGCGCCGCCGCCGGACCGCGAGCCCGAGCGCGCGAACUGCUACGGCGGGAGUUACGCGGACGCGCUCCUAUCGAAGCCGGGGAAGGCCUUCGUGCUGCUCGCGACGCUCGGGUUGGCGGGCCUCGGCGCGAGCGGCGCGGCGUUGACGGAAGCCAACUACCAGUACGACUGGUUCCUGGUCAGGGGCUGGUACCUCACGAACUACGACUACAACAUGGAGCACUACGGCGACAGCGGCGUCACCUGGGUCGGCCUCUACACGGAGCACGCGGACUACUACGAGAACCGGCAGACGAUGGCCGACCUGUUGGAGGCCUACGGCAACCUGCGCUUCGUGGCGAGCACGUCGCUCGAGUCGAACUGGUUCUCGGCGCACGAGGCCUGGGCGGCCGGCGAGGCGUCGACGUUCAGCGACGGCACGUCCUACUGCUACUCGGUCCGCGACUUCCUCGCCACGGCCGACGGCUCCGACUACGCGGAGAACGUCGUCUUAGACGUGUCCGACGACACCUGCGAGAUCACGGCGACGCGCGUCGACACGCUCUGGAACGAGGACGAGGACGACCAGUCGACCAUCAUACGCAACCGGCGCAUGGUCAAGGCGCGGCAGACGGCGCGCACCUACGGCCGGCCCCUCGGCCCGCCCAAGGUCUGGAACUUCGCGUUCAUCUUCGGCGAGGGCGUAAGGCUCGUCUACGCGGAGACGCUGUUCUCCAUGGUCAUCGCCUGCGUCACCGUGGCCGUCAUCCUCGUCUUCCUCCUGGGCGACGUGCGCGCCGCGGCGAUGGUGUCGUCGAUGGUCGUCAUGGUCUGCGUCAUCACCUACGGGUCCAUCUACUGGUACGGCGACGGCCUGAACAACGUGUCGGCCUUCUUCGUCGUCAUCGCCGUGGGCCUCGCCACGGACGCGUCGGCCCACUACUGCCACGCGUUCCAGGGCUCGGAGAAGGCGGACCCGGACGACCGCGCGCGCGACGCGCUCCGCAAGCUCGGGCCGUCCGUCUUCAAGGGCGGCGCGUCGACGGUGCUCGGCAUCUCCAUGUGCGGCUUCUGCAAGACCUACGUCUUCCGCACCUUCUUCAACUACCUCAUCACGAUCCUCCUCCUCGCGCUCUGGUUCGGCCUCGCGACGAUGCCCGUGCUCUGCUCCCUCGUCGCGCCCGCGCCGCGCCACCGGGCGGAGGCCGCCGAGAAGCCCGCCGGGCCCGCGAAGCUCGCGCCCGACGACGCCAAGGGCGACGUCGCGGACGCCGCCGUCGUCGAGGACGCCGACGCGCCCCUGGCCCUCGCCGGCUAG